GGGGCGGGGCCGGGCGCGGGCUGGAGAGGUGCUGUGCCCGGUGAGGGGCUCUGCGCUCCCACUGCGGGUCGGGCCGCGCGAGCGCCGGGUGCGGGGCUGCGCCUGACAGCUGCUGUCUGUGCCCGCGUUGUCACCGGGGCCGUGCUGGAGGGAGAGCGGCGAGUAGGGAAUGCUUCUCCAGGGUAACGACGGCGGUUGUGUUACUUCCGAGGCGCUUCCUCUGUGGAAAAUGGUAUUUGCAGUAUGGCAUGGCUGCGGUUAGAAGUCGGCCUUAAAAGUGAGAUGGAGCACUUGUCCUACGGAGGGGACGGCUACGAUGUGAGAUUUGCUCCUACAGGCUGUUUUCUCGUGCUUUCACGGUAUUCGGGGAUGCUGAGGUGCAGAAUGCUUCACUCUUGUGUAUAGCACAGUUACACGUUAGGCUGCUUCAGGUGCCAGAUCAGGUGAAGACCUACCUAGAAAGAAGGCCAUCAGCUCCAUGCUCAGCUGAGGGGAGGGCCCAAAUCGCAGCACACCUGUGGUCAGCGCUGCCUGGGGGUGCCGGACUGCGGCUGUGUUACCUGGAAACACUGUGGCAGGUGGGGAAGCCCACACCUGUUAUUUGUUUAACCAGCCACCUUCCACUUACGUUUGAUGCCUCUUCUAAUGCGGGACAAUGUAGAGUUGUUCUCCUGGUGCAUUUCAGUGGAGAGUUUUGGAAACUUCACUGGUAUCCUCACUCAGAUUUUCAUAUAGUGGAUUUUAGAGCCACUUAAUUGUUGCUUUUUCCUUUUCUUCACCCUCCUGCACACUCUUUCCCCUUUCUUCUGUAUCCUUUGAGGACAAGAACUGCAGUCAACACCAAGGAUGUGUGUGCCACAGGUUGAUGUAGAGGUAUCAUGAUUAUAGUUGUCUGCUCCUCUGAUAAUUCCCAGUAGUCUGUGGGAGCCAAACUUGACAUAAAUCUGUUCUUAGUGGCUGUAAAAUCUCAUUUAACGAAGCGUGAUUAACUUGGAACCCAGUGUGUGUAAAGAUGCAUCUGCUUCAGCACUUUUACCACCUAGAUGAUAAAAGUCUAUGGUGUGUGUAUGGGAACUGUUAAGUCACAGCCUGAACCAGGGAUUGAGCACCUGGCAAAGGGGUGUAGUCAGCCCUGGGAGCACAGGUGGAAGCAAUUCACCUGUGUAACUAGAAGGGGUGGAAUUUGGCUCCACCCUUCCCUAACCUCAUUUAAGAGCUGGCAGUCAUAAGGGAAGCAUUCCUACUUGAAGUUUAUCUCCUUUGGAGCAUACAGUGGGUCCUGAUCCUUGGAAAGGAAAUUUCUGUUCUGCCCUUUCAUGGCUUUGACCUUUGUCACUGAAUUAUGUCCUUCAAAUAUGUUCUAGUAGCUCCAGUUUAGAGCUGAAUUUUCAUGUGGUUCUUAUAUGCUGGGAUGCUACGGAUGGCAGCAGAGGGGCAAUCUAAGAGGAUGGCAUCUGAGAUGGAAGUGCAGUUGAAGCAACUGAAAGUCUGUGGCCUGUGUUAUUGCAAAUGAGGAAGUUCCGUGGGGAGCCAGGAAAUGAAUUGAUUAUCUUUUUGGCAGACCAAAAGGAACCUUACUUUAAGCCUCGUGUUAAGUUACCAAUGAAAUCUCUAGGUGUUAUCAUAACCAGUGUAGUUCCGGGAGACUAUGAUGGUGACUCACAAAUGGAUGUCCUCCUGACUACCCGAACACAAAAUCAUGGCAAAGAUGAACUGUCAGUGUUCAUUUUCUGGGGACACAACCAAACAUUAGAUCUUAACCAUAAAACUAUGAUAAAUAAGACUUUUCAUGAUGAGCCUCUAGUAAUGGACUUUAAUGGUGAUUUGAUUCCUGAUGUCUUUGGUGUCACAAGUGAUUCAGAUAAGCCACAGAUACUGAUAGGCGGGAACUUAUCACGGCAUGCUGCACUGGACACCCAGAGUAGAAUGUAUAUACCACACUCUCAUGCAUUUAUAGACUUAAAUAAUGACUUCACAGCUGAUUUGUUCCUUACUACCUCAAAUCCGGACAUUCAGUUUGAGACAUGGAUAAAUAAGGAUGGGAACUUCUCUAAGCCUGAAAGAAGUAAAGCAAAGCCCAGCGGUGCAGUGGUUGUUGGACAGUCUGUAUUUGCAGAUUUUGAUGGUGAUGGACAAAGUGAACAUUUGUUACCAGUAUGUGAAGACAUAAACUGUCAGAAAAGUGCCAUCUACUUAACUAAGCUAGGAAUGGAUCAGUGGAUUCCAGUCUUGCAAGACUUCAGAAAUAAAGAUACACUUUGGGGCUUUGUGAAAAAUCAGACGGACAAAACUACAUCGGAAGUUUCAUUUCCGAUGACCCUUCAUAUUGGAGAUUACAACAUGGAUGGCUACCCAGAUGCCCUUGCUAUACUAAAGAACACGUCUGGAAGCAAUCAACAAGCAUUUUUACUAGAAAAUGUCCCAUGCAAUAAUGCAAGCUGCAAGAGUGCACGUCGUAUGUUUAAAGUUUUUUGGGAGCUCUCUGAUCUUAAUCAAAUCAAAGAUGCAGUCGUAGCAACCUUCUUUGAUAUCUACGAAGAUGGAAUCUUGGAUAUCAUUGUAGUAAGCAAGGGCCACUCCAGUGAAGACUUCGCUAUCCAUACAUUAAAAAACAACUUUGAAGCAGAUGCGUAUUUUGUUAAAGUUAUUGUUCUCAGUGGCCUCUGUUCUAAUGACUGUCCUCGGAAAGUAACACCUUUUGGUGUUAAUCAGCCUGGUCCUUACAUCAUGUACACAACUGUUGAUGCAAAUGGAUACUUGAAAAAUGGGUCAGCUGGACAGCUCAGCCAGUCAGCACAUUUUGCUCUCCAGUUGCCGUACAAUGUGCUGGGCCUGGGACGUAGUGCCAACUUCCUCGAUCAUUUGUAUGUUGGCAUUCCUCGUCCUUUGGGAGAAAAGUCCAUAAGAAGACAAGAAUGGACAGCUAUCAUACCGAACUCCCAGCUUAUAGUCAUCCCAUAUCCUCAUAAUGUUCCUCGAAGCUGGAGUGCCAAGCUGUAUCUGACCCCAAGUAACAUAGUGCUGCUAACAGCUAUAGCCUUAAUUGGUGUCUGUGUUUUCAUCCUGGCAAUAAUUGGCAUAUUACACUGGCAAGAAAAGAAAGCAGAUGACAGAGAGAAGCGACAGGAGGCUCAUCGGUUCCAUUUUGAUGCUAUGUGACAUGCCUUAAUACUUACGGAGGAACUGCUGUUUGUUUGCUUCAUUGAAAUACUAAAUUCUGAUUUGUAAAAUGAUUACUAUGGAAAAUACUGCUGGUGUGCUAUUUGUAAAUGUUGCAUUAUUUGGUAUUUAUUUGGAACAUAUUAAAAUGAGACCUGAAUGUCUCUUAAGGCAUUUCAGUAAAAAAAAAAAAACAACAAACAAAAGAAAAAACCAACCUGUAUAUAAUAGCAUUUGGUCUUUAUUUAACAGAAGUGUACAUUAAUUUUUCAAAGUCAAAGGGAUCGUUUUGCAUGUACCAUUGUUUACAUACCGCCAGUUCUUUAGUAAUAUAUUUGAUAGAAAGCUGUGUAAAUAAAGUUUAGUAUUUUAGUGAGCAGAAUACUUUGUACCACUGACACUGGUAUUGUCAUUUACACAUUCCUGCAAAGUAAACUGCAUUUCUGAAAAUUAAUCUUGAGCAAUUUCUCAGAUGACGUAAUCAUUACUUGAUUGCUGAACCUGAAGUAUUCUGUAUUAUUGCUUAAAUUCCUAUGUGCAAUUGCUAAAGAAUUUAGGACCUGGAGAACUAAAAGAAACCUUCAGUAGUGAUGGUAGUUCAGUAGCUUGUGGGAUAGAUGCGGUAUUUCUCUGUUAGUUCCAGAAAGAUGAUGACAAGUUAAAAAGAAUGGAAGUAAUAAAAUGUAUUAGCGUGACACAAACUGCUUUUGUAAUUAAACCAUAACCAUGUUUAUUUUAGCAAGGCCUGAAGACAUGAGAGUAACUUCUGUGGGUUCUCCUCUUGUAAGAAAGGUGGGGGGCUUUGUAUUUGCCAGGUGCUUGGGCUUUUCUAAAGAAACCAAAAGAAUAAUUUUGGAGUGGAAGGAGAAUGAGGAUCGACUCCCUGAAAUUCAAUAUUAAUAAAUGAAAUGUGCAAAGAUUAAAUAAAUAGCAUAAUAGGACACUCAGAAUAAGCAAUGCCCAAAUAUCAUAAGGCUGUAAUAACUACAGAAGCAGAGUGGCUCAAUUCUAUAUGAAUGGUGAUAAUGUUACUGUUGCUCAGUACAAUUUGAAUCCUGGUAUAGUCUCUAAAAAUAAUCGUGCUUGUCUUUAAUAGCUGUUUCCAUAUUCUCAGUGAUAUGAGUUUACGUGAUUUGUUGUACAUUUGAAGCUGUCAGCUUGCAUUCCUAAUAAAUACCAUUUGAUAAAUUAGAAUACACUUCAUCAUCAAACUAGAAAGUGUUGUUAGUACAGGCAGUCACCUCAGUAGAGGGCAGUGGUCAAUGAGAACUCCUUAUCUUCUCUACCCCGGCACCUAUCCCAUAACCUUACAUACAUUUGUCAAUACAGGAAGAGUAAAGGGAGAGCAGGUACAAAGCUUGAACUGUUUCAGUCCUCCCUGAAGCGCUGUUCAAACUAUUUGUUACCACAGCAGUGCUGAAGUGACCCGUUAUAACAGCAGCUCCAAGUCAAAAAUCAGAAAGGUACUGCAAGUCUACUGAGUCAUGUUGUUUUUACAAGAUACUUGUAAUUUGAACUGAUCAGAUUCCAACAAAGCAGACUUUCAAAUUACAUUUUCGGCGUAGCAUAUUUCCUUAUUACACACCUUUAAUAUUUCUCUUGGAGUAAUGUGGAAAGGUAGAUGAUUUAGAUAAAUCCUUAAGGCUAUUGCAUUUCUAAACCCCUCUGCUAGAAUUCUCUCCCAUCAGCAAAAGUAAUAACAGGUUUCAUAACCAAGAGGAAGCGCAGUCUGAUGUGUUCUCUGUGUUUUUCGGAUGGUUGGAGAACAAGGCUAAAUGCAUAAUGCCACUGUGGCAGCAAAGCCAUCCGUAGCCCUCUAUCGCAAUAUAAUAAACAUAGAUUAGCCUCCUUAUGUUUUUUGGGAAAAUAAUUAGGAAUGAAAUAACCUCAUGCUGACAUUUAAGCUGUUACCCAGUUAAUGAAGCAGUGAACUCCGCAUCUCGUGCUUUAAGGUGGUUUGCAUGCUCAGUAGUGCGUUCUUACAUCACUUCAUGUACAAUACUUUCUUGGAGCUUUAAUAGCUUUCUUAUAAUAAACUGUGACAGGUUCUAACUA